AUGCCUUUCGGAAUAUUGGAGUGCAAGAAGAUGGAGCUGGUGCCGGGCACAGCUAUCAUGGGUGACAAGGAUUCGAACGAAACACCACCAGAAUACGCCCACAUUCCGAAAGACCAAUUGAAGCACGGAAAGGGUAGAUUCGCUCAUAUCAUUCUCGUGCCACAGCCGUCUGAUGAUCCCAAUGAUCCAUUAAACUGGCCUCAAUGGCAAAAAGAACUCAUCCUUCUCAUCAUCGGUCUCUCCGCCGGUGUCGUCGGUGCUUUUGGCCCUAUGCUUUCACCCGGUUUCGUGGAAGUCGCAGCUGACUUGAACAUCACCGUCGAGACACUGUCUCAAGCUACUGCCUGGCUCAUUCUGACUUUGGGUCUCUGCGUCUUCCUCUUGAACCCCAUUGCCAAAAUCUACGGUAAACGUCCUGUCUACCUCCUUGCUAGUGUCGUCAUGCUCGUUACCAGUUGCUGGGGUGCUGCGUCUAAAGAUUAUUCUUCUUUCUUGGCCAGUCGUGUUGUCUCUGCUAUUGGUAUGGCGCCGUAUGAAAUUCUGGUCUUGGCUACUAUCAAGGACAUCUACUACGUGCACGAGCGUGGUACACGUAUCGCCGUCUGGAAUUUGUUCUUGAUGUGCGGUAUCGCUGGUGGUGCCCUUAUCUCUGGAUACAUCAUUGAAAACCUUGGUUUCCGCUGGACCUUCUGGAUCUGCGCCAUCCUCUUCGGUGUCUUCUUGUUUGGCAUUGUCUUCUUCGUGCCUGAGACCACAUACAGACGCCCUCCUGGUCUGGUCGCUCAGCUUACAGCCAACGAGAAGACCACGGAUUAUUUGGAAGAUAACGAAAAGGGAGCACCCGUCCAAUUGGAGACCGCACAAAACACCGCCACCGAACUGGCUACAAAGCCUCGCAUGUCAUACCUCCAGAGUCUUCGUGUCUUCACUGGCAAAUACAGUGAUGCGCCUCCUCUCAAGAUCUUCGCUCGUCCCUUCAUCUUGUUCUUUUACCCUUCUGUGCUUUGGGGAUUCCUCAUCUACGGAACAACUCUCACAUGGAUUGUCGUCUUCUCCGUCGUCAACGGCGUCAUCUUCGUCGAAGCCCCCUACAACUUCUCCGUCUCCCAAACCGGCCUCAUCAGUCUCUCCCCCUUCAUCCUCACACUCGUCGGCGAAGUCAUCUCCGGCCCCAUGAACGACUGGAUCUGCGUCUACCUCACCAACAAAAACCGUGGUAUUUACGAGCCCGAAUUCCGUCUACCACUUAUCCUCCUCACUGCCAUCCUGGGCAGUGUCGGCUUCUUCGGUUUCGGCGCCACAAUCCACUACCAAACCCACUGGUCUGGCCCCGUGCUCUGCUUCGGCUUCGCAAACAUGGCUAUGGCGUUUGCCUCCACUAGCGUUUUCGGGUACGUGGUUGACUGCUACCCGCGUCUCAGUGAGGAGAUCUUCGUCUCGGUCAAUGCUCGUAACUUCUUGACCUUUGGAUUUACAUAUUUUGUGAAUAAUUGGUUGGAGAAGAAUGGUAUCUUGAUUGUGUUUAGUGCUCUGGGUGGUAUUUUCCUGUUUGUCUGUGCAUUGACUAUCCCUAUGUGGAUCUAUGGAAAGAAGAUCAGGAGCAAGAUAGGACGCAAUCAGUGGUUGCAGGACUUCAUGACCGAUGACGACUAA